AGAGAAGUUAGAGCGAAGAGAAAUUAGAAUUAUCAGAGAGGAAAAUCGAACGCAAUGUCGAUGGAUCCUUCAUCCAAAACCUUUCAGGAUAUUACGCCUCAAAUCAAGUGCAAAUAUUAUCCCGGGUUUCAUGUUCUUACCGUCGCCGUCCAAGAUUUCACAAGCAACGAUCUGAAAGUUCAGGUGACAUGCACCUUAAAGUUGAGGAUCAGCGGCGAACGAAGGGUCAACUGCGGCAAGUGUAUCCGAUUCCGCAAGGAAAUCGAUAUUCCAGCCGACGUCGAUAUUUACAAGAUCUCUGCCAAGUUGGAGGGAGGCAUACUCUCAGUGAGGCAGCCCAUGAAAGCCUCCGAUUGUCCUAUAAAUGUCUUAUCAUGUCCUAUAAAUGAUUGUCCAAAGACGUGAUUUCUAUAGACCUCUUCAACUAUUACAUCUCAGUGAGGCAGCCCAAGAAAGCCUCCGAUUGUCCUAUAAAUGUCAUUUGAUUGUCUUAUAAAAAUAUUUUAAAUGAUUGUCCUAUAAAUGAUU